UAUCUCUAGUUCAGUGGUCAAUUUAAAUAUUUUGGUUGCCAUACAAAAAACAAUAGUCAUAAAUUCCGAUAUACAGGCUAACAAAAUAUAAAAAAAAAUUGAAUCGUUCAGAAAAAUCAGCAAAACAACAAAAAAAAUAAAAAAAAAUUCGUUUAUAAUUUUGUGCAACUUUUGGCAUUUAUUGCAGUAUUCGAUUUCUGCACAGCACUUCGCAUGUCCAUUCAGAAUCUCAACUCGCGCGAUCCAUUCGCCGAUGCCAUCAAGGGACCAGAUGAUGACAUUCAGGACGGUCUCGUCCACAUACGUAUCCAACAGCGCAACGGACGCAAGACUCUAACCACCGUACAGGGUUUGUCAGCUGAAUACGAUCUAAAGAAAAUUGUGCGCUCCUGCAAAAAGGAAUUCGCAUGCAACGGCACUGUCAUUGAGCAUCCCGAAUACGGUGAGGUAUUGCAGCUCCAGGGCGAUCAACGCGAAAAUAUUUGCCAGUGGCUAACUAAGGUCGGGCUGGCCAAGGCCGAUCGCCUCAAGGUGCAUGGAUUCUGAGCGCGGAACACUGGACAAAUAAAAAAUCAAUCGAUGGGAUUGUAAAACAAAGGACAACAAAAAACAAUUGUUCAAAAGGAGUUUAAUAAUGCAUCAUUUUUAGUUAACUAUCUGAUUAAAAGUUUUACAGUUCUGCAGUGCUAAA